CUCAGUCAGGUAUCCAGGGUUGGACAUUUUUUUUUUUUUUAUUUAAUCAGCCUGUAACUGAAGUCUAUCCGUCAGAUUGAGACGUAUCUCUGUCUGUUCCUGACUCUUUGAAUCGUUUGUUCUCAUCCUCGGGAGGACAUAUUUCUCGCUCGUUCCGGCUAACAAGUUAAAAACGUUGUUCUUUGAAAAUGGCGGAUCUACCACCAGAGAAGAGUCUGGACGAUUUCUUCGCCAAGCGGGAUAAAAAGAAGAAGAAAGAGAAAGGAAAGGGCAAAGAGUCUACCGCCGGGCCCACGUCUGCGAUGGUGAAAAAGACCAAGAGGGAGAAGGAAAAAUCGUCGAAAAACGAGAAUCAGGACGCGCAGAUCGAAAAGGAGGACGAGGAAUGGAAAGAGUUUGAGCAGAAAGAAGUCGACUACAGCGGGCUCCGGCUUCAAGCUUUACAGAUAAGUGACGAGAAAGAGGAAGAGGAGUACGAGAAGGAGGAGGUUGGUGAGGACGGAGAGAUCAUUCUGGUGAGCGGAGACAAAUUUUCUGGCCCCUGGAACAAGUCUGGUGCUGCUCCAGCUCCAGCUGCUGCACCUGUGGAGGAAGAAGAGGUGCCUGAGUCGAAGCCCUCUGGAGUAUAUCGCCCUCCAGGAGCUCGGCUGACCACCACCAAACGCACGCACACCCAGGGGCCUCCUGAGAUCUACAGUGACGCACAGUUCCCCUCUCUACUUGCCACAGCCAAGCAUGUGGAGACACGCAAGGACAGAGAAAUGGAGAAGACCUUUGAGGUGGUGAAACACAGGACCCGUGGCAGAGAGGAGACCGGUGGUGCUUCUAUGCAGCAGUUGCAGCUCGACAACCAGUAUGCCAUCCUCGGGGAUAAGUAGAGCCGCUCCCCUCCGUCCCCCGGCCCCUUCAGCACGCUCCAGCCCAGCCCCAUGAAGGAAGCUGAAUCCAGCUGUGUUGACUGCAGUCCUGCCACCAUCACCACUCUGGUUACUCACUCACACACACACACACACACACACAGCCACUAUUCCAUUAACACAUACAGUGACACACACACAAACAUCCCCUUUAAUAAAUCGGUGACACUCUACAUGCAUUUGGUCGGCAAAACGGAAGGACUGCAUCUGAAGGGGCUGUCGAAAGAGGGGAUAAUUGAAAAGGAAUUAGUUACAAACACCCAAACGUACAACACUGCAGCAGCAACAGAAGGCGACGUAGUUGUCCUUUGUGGAUUGUACUCAGAGCAGCAGUUGCGUGGCGCAACUUUUCUCCGGACUUCAACUUGCUUUGAUUAAGCCACAGAGGAUCGAAGAUAACUUUAGGCAAGAUGAUUUUACAAACUUCUGUGAAAAUAUCUAUUUUUUGCAAGAUCAUUAUAACCCAAUCGCACGUGGUAUCUUGGGGUGGUUUGAGUUGCGGUUGGGGCUUGUGGGAGUGGGGUUGCUACCUCAGCGGUAUAGCUGGUGGUGAUGAUGUGGACUAAGCUUUUUUUUUUUUUAAUGUGGGUGGUGGUGGUAGAAGGGGCAAACACAGACCCUUCUCUCCUCACACACACACACACACAAACACACACACACACACAUACACAUAGAAGCUGGCCACCCGGCUCUUUGAUUUAGAAACUUGAAGCUUUGUUCCUUCCCCUUCAUGUUGAUGACACUCUGCGAAGAUCCAAGGACAAGAAGUGACAGGUCGUGGUCCUCAUUUAGAAUUUCUAUAUAAAGUGGCCUUACUGAUAGAAGGAGACUGCUUUGUCAUCUGAAGAGAACUUUGCUCACAGGACGCCGCGUGACUCUGGAUCUUACCGCUUUGUGACAAAAACCUGUAUACAAACAAAAAAUCCUUUUGAUCCAGGAAUGUAGUGCUGUUGUAGUUUGCCUGAUGAUUACAACUACUAACUUUUUUCAUAUCCACUGUUUGAUUUAACUGCCCUUAUAUUUGUUUGAUCUUAUCCCAUAAAGGAGAAAUUAAAGCUUGUUUCUAAUCAGAAAACCUUCUUUAGGUAACAUUGGUGUCAAUGUGGUUUGACACCUAUGAUCACAGAUGUUACAUUAUUGAAAAAGGAAAAGAAACCACUUUGGAAUCAUAUUAGGUGAGGUUGUUUUGGCCACAUAAAGUUCACUCCCCAGUUUUAACUUUUUUAUCUAUUCUUUGCCUCAACAGUAAACGUGCUGUCAGCCCUGUGUAUAGCAGGUAGCUCGUGCAGAACUUCAUCUCCAGAGAGUCGCAGCGAUUACUCGUCUGUUGAAAACAAACCGUCACCAAAACCAACAGAGUACUUAAAAAAAUAAGUGGGCUGCACAGUUAGAUUCAAAUGGGUUUUUACUACAAGCAUAGUUGUGACAAGAGAGAUGAAGAUGAACUGGAUUUAUGUUCUGUGUCUGUCCUUUCCAUCAAAGAUGUCGGAGAGGGUCGAUCCCCGCUGGCACACUUGUGGAAGUAGAUAAUAUUUGUAAUGAAAAGAGAAGAGCCUAACACAAAAAAAAAUAAAGUGAUCCUUGUGAA